CCGGAGGCGGCGGAUGCGCGGCCUGGCGCGCAGACCGCGGGAGGAUCAGGAGGAGGAGUAGCUGCCCCCGCCCCCGCCGCCGCCCCCGGUGCUGAGGGGGCCGCGUCCGGGGCCCCGUGGCUGCCCCCCCCAACGGGUUUACACAUGGAUUCAGCAGAAAAGACAACAAAUAGAAGUGAACAAAAAUCCAGGAAGUUUUUAAAAAGUCUAAUAAGGAAGCAGCCCCAAGACCUCUUGCUGGUCAUUGGGACAGGCGUCAGUGCCGCUGUGGCCCCUGGCAUCCGUGCCCUCUGCUCCUGGAGGAGCUGCAUUGAAGCUGUCCUUGAAGCGGCCGAGCAGCUGGAGGUCCUGCACCCAGGAGAUGUUGCGGAAUUCCGGAAGAAAGUGAUGAAGGACCGAGACCUCCUUGUGGUUGCUCACGACCUGAUCCGAAAGAUGUCACCGCGCACAGGGGACACCAAACCCAACUUCUUCCAGGACUGCCUCAUGGAGGUCUUUGACAAUCUGGAGCAGCACAUCCAGAACCCCACAGUGCUGCAGUCGAUACUAAGCCUGAUGGAGCAGGGAACCAUGGUCCUCACCACCAACUACGACAACCUGCUGGAGAUCUUUGGCCAGCAGCAGAACAAGCCGAUGGAGUCCUUAGAUUUGAAGGACAAAACCAAGGUUCUGCAGUGGGCCAGAGGGCACAUAAAGUAUGGAGUUCUUCAUAUUCACGGCUUAUACACAGACCCCUGUGGGAUGGUUUUGGAUCCUUCCGGAUAUAAAGAUGUAACCCAGGAUCCAGAAGUAAUGGAAGUUCUGCAGAACCUGUACCGGACCAAGUCCUUUCUGUUUGUGGGCUGUGGCGAGACGUUGAGAGACCAGAUAUUCCAAGCCCUUUUCCUGUACUCUGUGCAGGACAAGGUAGAUUUAGAGCACUUCAUGGUGGUGCUCAAGGAGAAUGAAGACCAUUUCUUCAAGCACCAGGCUGACAUGCUUCUGCAUGGCAUUAAAGUGGUCUCUUAUGGGGAUUGCUUUGACUACUUCCCUGCAUAUGUGCAAGACCUUGCUGCUCAGAUCUGCAAACAGCGAAGUCCAGAUGCUGAUCGAGUGGACAGUACAACACCAUUAGGGAAUGCCUGUCAGGACUGUGCCAAGAGGAAGCUCGGAGAGUACAGCAUCGAGGUUCCCAAACGAACCAGACAGUCGGACCCAGAUGACUCUGGAGGGUCCUGAGAUCCCAGAGCCCCUGAGACCUGCGCCUGGAGACCCGAGGGUUGCCCCAGGAGAGCGCGGAGGGGCGGGGUGUGCGGGGGGGCUGGGCCCGUUGCAGCAGCCUCUGGGUGCCCAGAGCCACUAGGGAUUGACAUUUUUAUGUUUCAGGUGUACUGGGAAAGGACUGAUGGACAUCUACCUCAGGGAUAAAGUCCAAUGAUGGCCCCCCUGUUUGUGAAGACCCUUUUUAAAAGGGGGGUGGUGGAAAAACUGCCCCUCCCACACCCCCUGGGUGCCCAGGAAGGAGGACACUAGGGGCUCUCACUUUGGGGGUGGCUCCUGUGGCACAGACACGGUAGAGAGCAGUUUAUUUUGUGAACUAGAAAGAGGGGGGCUUCAGGGGCUGUGGGCAAGGCAGGAAGGAAGGGGCUUCCUUGGCAGUAGGCAGUAUGGCUCUCAGGGGACCCUCGAGGAAGUCACACUCCUUGGCACCCCAAGGCUUGGCACAGAUGGCUUUCUCUCCAGGAUGGUCACAGUGCUGAGUUGGGGCCCGUGGGGCCUGGGGUCAAGUGGGGCAGGCAGAACUUUGCCAAGGGCUUGUGCCACUCUAAACUGGGCAGGCCUCGAUGGGUGUCAGGAGGCGCGUGGCCUGGGGCUAGGAGGCAGGCUGGAGGCCAUCCAUGCCAGCCCCCUCGCUCCCCCUCCCUGGGAGAUACAAUGAACCAAGGGACGUCUGGCCAAGGAGCCCCAAGGGAAGCUGGGAAAUCGAGUCCAGUUCUUUCUUCUUUGGAAGCGUGGUUCCCUGUCAUGUCUCUUGGUCAGUAGAAUAAAGCCUAAAUGAGCUUGGUGCUGCGGGCAGCGCUGCUUCUCUCGCCUGGACCCAUGUAGUGAGGGCCACCGCAUGAUCUGAGGCAGGUAUCUUCUGUUGGGGGAGACCCCCCUUGGGCAGAGCUGUGGAGAGGAGCAGAUGGCAUCAUCCAUCGGCCUUGGGGAGGGGUAGGGGUGAUUGCACUGUUCUUGGCCACACCGAGGGCCCUGGGGCACACCAGCCCAGGGUUGAGGGCCUGUGCCCCACCAUGGCAAGGGGGUGCGACCGCUGAAAAAUUCACUUCCAGCCCAGUGCCCUUUAAACUGCUUAGGCCCUUAUUAGUCCAGACUGGCUGGGAGAGAUGUCCUUUGGAGCUGGGCUCAGAAAUGGCUUUUGACAGAAUGGGGGAGAGGAUGGAUGCUGGAUUGAUGAUACUGAUUAUUAAAUAAUUGAACAGAAAAUG